AUGAUGAAGCUUAUUCACUCUAAUUCAUGGUGUAAAUGCAGAAAUUUAUCUAGGGUUUUUAGGGUUUGUUUGUUCUCUACGAAUUCCCCGAUCGAACCCUCAAGGACAGAGGACACUCUGUUUCGUAGACUUUUGCCAGCUUCAGACCCUAAAGUAUCAGUUGUUCCAAUACUCGACCGCUGGCUCGUAGAGGGAAAACCCAUCGAGCAAGAAGAGCUUCAGAAGAUCAUCAAACAGCUGAGAAAUUUCAGACGUUUCAAAGACGCCCUUGAGAUAUCCAAAUGGAUGAGUGACAUAGAAUACCUUGAUAUAUCAGCUGGAGAUGUUGCAGUUCAGUUGGAUUUGAUAUCAAAGGUCCAUGGUCUGGAACAAGCAGAGGUGUAUUUUGAUAACAUUCCAAACACAUUGAGAGUCUUCCAGGUUUAUGGCGCUCUUUUGAACAGUUAUGCUGAGGCAAAAUCAUUGGAGAAAGCAGAGAUAAUUAUGCAGAAGAUGAGGGAGUUGGGUUAUGCUAGAACAUUGUCUUAUAACGUUAUGCUGAACCUCUAUUCUGAGAUGGGAAAGCACGAUAAAAUAGACUUCCUAAUGCAAGAGAUGGAAGAGAAGGGGAUCACAUGUGAUAAAUACACAUUCAACAUCCGGUUAAAUGCAUAUGCAGCUAAUUCUGACAUAGAAGGAAUGGAGAAGCUUUUAAGGAAAAUGGAAGCUGAUCCAUUUGUCAUAAUGGACUGGAAUGCAUAUGUUGUGGCAGCUAACGGGUUCUUGAAAGCUGGUGUUGCAGAAAAGGCCUUGGCAGUGUUAAAGAAAGCUGAGCAACUAAUCAAGGUUAAGACGAGGAGGUCUGCGUAUGAGAUUCUACUCACUCUCUAUGCUAGUAUGGGGAAAAAGGAUAAGGUGUAUCAUAUAUGGAAUCUGCACAAAAAAAUUGGGAAGUUUUACAACAUCAGCUAUCUUUGUAUGAUAAGCUCACUGGUGAAGUUGGAUGACCUAGAAGGCGCAGAGAAGGUAUUGGAAGAGUGGGAAGCCAAGAAAAAAUAUUUUGACCUUCGGGUUCCAAACUUGUUGAUUAGUGCCUAUUGCAAGAAGGGUCUUUUGGGAAAGGCCGAAUCAAUUGUAAACAGACUAACAGAGUGUGGGAAGGAGCCUGAUGCAAGCACUUGGAGUCGUAUGGCACUUGGAUAUCAAAGGCACAAUCAGAUGGAAAAGGCAGUGGAGACGAUGAAAAAAUCAAUUCUGGCAAGUCAUCCAGGAUGGAAACCAAACCUUCCCACUUUGGCUUCUUGUCUGGAAUACUUGAAAGGGAAAGGAGAUGUUGAAGGAGCAGAGGAUAUAAUGAGGUUACUUGAGAAAAAAGGUCACUUCUCAGAAGAUUUACAUGAUAGAAUAAUAAAAUAUAUUAAAAAAGGGAACCCAGUAUUCCAAAUGCUGGAAUAGAUGGGAGGAAUGAUCCAACUCUAGAGGCAAAAUGCUCGAGGUAUAGGAUCAAAGCAUGAGAGUUUUAGCUCAAUAAUAUGGAAAGCUGUUCGAGAUGUUUGAUAGCCCAGCAAUGGUUCGGGAGCUAUUUUCUAAAACUCCAUGCAAGACUGAAAAAGUCAACACUCAUUCAACGCACCUUACUUCACUCACCCGCUUGAGAAUCAAAUAAGAAAACGACAUUGGGAUGCCCAUUUUGAAUAUCCUGUUUUACCAAUGUCCAUGAUGAUCCUGAGGUGGAAGAAGCACAUUUGGCAGUGUUUGAAGUACGUCACAAAUUGUGGAAGGUCCUACACCCAGCCAGUGCUGAAUCCAGUUUCAGAGAAUUGAAGGCUUGGGUCUUUUCAAAAAAGUCUCGACUUUGGAAGGAUUAAUUUUGCGUCUAAUGGUUGUCAUUUUGUCAUUUCGAAGCGACAUUGAUGAAACCUUCAAUUGUUACUGUUGGGGGGCCUCCAAUGCAUAUUUGUCCUCUACAAC